AUGGCCUCUCCAUUCGAAAGAGCGCCAUCGCGGCGCCCAUCACUGCUGAAUACAUCCUCUCAUGAUGGAGACAAGGAGCUGGCGCAUUCGCUCAAGCAGCUCUCCCUUUCGACAUCAUCCGCCAGCAACUCACCCCGGGCUUCGAGCGCUCUGUCUCCCAUGAGACCGGCCGUAAAUCGAACAUCUCCGGCACCGAGUCCACGAGCCCCGUCUCGAAGUCCCUCCUUUGCGAGAGAGCUCUCCCGCUCCCGAUCUUCGACGCCGACGCUGCAGCGAUCUUCAACGCCAACACUUCAGCGCAAGACCUCCACCAGUUCCUUGCACUCUGUGAGUGGCUCUUCGAGCCGAACCCCUAGCCGAGCGCCUUCGAGGCGAACUAGCAUGGUGCAUGCCUCUUCUCCUGUCGCCAAAUCCCCUUUGCGCCCGAGCCCCCCUGAGUAUAUCAAGCCUGCGCCCACAGCGAAUACGGUCGCCCGCGAUUACUUCAAGGCCGAAUUGGAGGUUCACCACUCGCCAACUUCGACUCGAGCAACGGAAACCCUCGUCAUUCUCCACGAUGCCUGCUACGGCCACCGUUUCUCUCGACCCAAGACGUCCAAGGGCGCUCUCAGCACUAUCGUUGAGCGGCCUGAGAGAAUCAAGGCCGGCGUGUUGGGGGUUGCCAUGGCCUACGUGCGGCUCGGGGAACGGCACUGCGAUGGCGCAUAUGCGCUCCAUCCAAGUCUGGAUCCCUCUACCAUCCCGACGAUUCCGUUUCGCAUCUACAAGACCGAACGGAGACUGCCCCUGACAUCGGCAGCUGUCACCAACGUCCACGGCACCAAGUGGAUGGAGGAGCUCAAGAUGAUGUGCGAAGGAGCAGAGAUAAAGUUGGCGACUGGUGGGAAGGAGCUUCAGAGGCCAGAAUUAAACAGAGGUUCAGACGGACCGCCUGCGAAAUUCCACGAGGGUGACCUCUAUCUUUGCUCCGAAUCGCUGGAGGCUUUUGAGGGCGCGCUGGGUGCCGUUUGCGAGGCCGUAGACCGCGUUUUCACAUCAGGUCCUCGACGAGCCUUUGUCGCUGUACGCCCACCGGGACAUCAUUGCUCAGCUUCUUUCCCGUCAGGAUUUUGCUGGGUUAAUAACGUCCAUGUCGGUAUUAUGCAUGGCAUUCUGAACCAUGGCCUUACCCAUGCGGCUAUCAUCGAUUUCGAUCUUCACCACGGAGAUGGCUCCCAAGCCAUCACUUGGGCGCAUAACUCACGGGGAGUGAAUGCGGCCAAGAACACGGCAGCGUGGAAGAAGGCGUCCAUCGGCUACUUUAGUCUUCACGACAUCAACUCGUACCCCUGUGAGUGGGGUGAUGAGGAGAAGGUCAAGAAUGCUAGUCUGUGUAUUGACAAUGCCCACGGCCAAAACAUCUACAACGUCCACCUGGAAUCAUACGGUUCAGAGAAGGAGUUCUGGGAGCUAUACGAGACCAGGUACUCAGUAAUCCUGGAGAAGACGCGCAAGUAUCUGAAAAACCAAGCGGCUCGCCUUCGUGCUUUGAAUCUGCCUCCCAAGGCGGCAAUCUUCUUCUCGGCCGGAUUCGAUGCCAGUGAGUGGGAGACCAAGGGUAUGCAACGUCAUAACGUGAACGUUCCUACCGAGUUUUACGCUCGUAUUGCUCAAGAUGUUGUGAAGCUUGCCGCAGAGGAAGGAUUGGGAGUUGACGGGCGCGUAAUCAGCGUGCUCGAGGGCGGCUACAGCGACAGAGCUCUUUACUCUGGUAUUUUCAGCCAUCUGAGCGGACUCUCAGGAAAUCAGACCCCGGAAGAGCCCACUCGGGGUCGCUCUUCACUCGGCGACGAAAUGGCAGGGCAGAUCGCUGCAGCCAUCACUGGCGAGCCAUCUCUACAUCCUUACAAACCGUCAUGGUGGUCGAGCUCCGAACUCGACGAGCUAGAAGUUGCGAUGGGCAACAGACCAGCCAGUCCCAAGAUGAUACGGCACUCAACUCCGCCGACAUACUCAACUCCCACACAGGCGUCGAUUGCAACACCACCUCCCCCCGAUGUGCCAUGGACCAUAGCAGCCCAUGAGCUGAGCAGGCUACUCAUUCCGUCGGAUCGCCAAGUCGAUAGCUGCAAACCUGAAGACCUAAAUGCGGAGGCUACAAGGGCUCGGAGAGACCGGCAGUCAAUUCUGAACCCUGAUCUUGUGCCGCCGGCACCUGCUCCCGCGCCCGCUCCGAAGCCAGCAAGCAGGCCUACCUCGCGAAUGUCUCUGAGAGAGCGGAAGCCAGCGAAGCCUGGCUUAUACGUUGAUGCAGACGAAGAUGAUGACAAGCAGUCCAAGAAUCGGCGAAGAACGGUCGCGGGCCCUGCUGCGCUGUCAUCUGAGAAGGCAACGGCCCGAGGCAUACCCUCUGACACAAAUGGAGCAGCUAAGCGACCUGGUCGACGCCUUAGUGGUGUGUCUACUGUGGCUUCGAAUGCUCCUAACACAGAGUUCGAGAGCAACGGAGUUUCAGCUCAGCGUCCCGACACUUCUAUGAGUGUGCGACCAGACACUGCGAUGAGUGUCAGAACUCAGAGUGCUACGUCUUUGAAUGUUAAGAAGACAAGAGCUCCAGCAGUCAAGAAGGAAGCCCCCAAAACCACCAGAAUUGUGAAGAAGCCUGCCGCAAUGGCGAAACCCUCUCCUCCUCAGCAGGCUGGACCAUCUCAGCCGCCUCAAGGAAAGCCGAGCCCAGCUGCUGCAUCGGAGGACGAUAUGGACAAGUUGACUGCCGGUAUGAAGAAGGUCAAGAUCAACUUGAUCACGAAAACACAGAAAGAAGAGCGUGCCAAGGCAGCACAAGCAGCUCAAGCCGCUCAAGCCAAAGCUGCCACACCCCCCACAGCCGAGGAAGCAAAGACGGAUUUCCCGUUUGAAGCACAGACGGCUUACUCGCCGGUGGCACCUCCGAUCGUCACACCUCCGCAAGACGAGGCUUUCGCUACACCGCCAACGCAGCCUCCGGUUUUUGAAGCCCCGUCACCGCCCGCCGUUCCAGAAGGCCGGCCUGAAGUCUCAACUCCAGUGACGGAGCAAAUGCCUCUCGUCGCCACCCCUGAUCCUCGUUCAGUAGAGCUCCCCGCCAGCUCACCCGCCGCGAUGUCGCCAACCGUAGCAACACCCUCAUCGGAUGUUUUCAUCAACUACCAACCGGAGGGUCCUCCACCUGUGUCCGUAACGCCGUCAGAACCCCUGAAGUGGAUGCCGCCCAACACCAACACGCCCGUCAAAGCCUCGCCGUCUAAGCCAUCGCCAGUCAAGCUGUCUUCAGCCAAACCGUCCCCCAUGAAGAAGUCUCCGGUAAAGAUGAUGCGUGCCGAUCUUCCAGUCUUCACCUCCACAUCUGCGAUCCCCUUUGCGCCGCCGGGAAUGAGCGCCCCGUCUGAGGUCGAGCAAGAGCCGGCAAUUAAGGCCGAUCCGGAGGAGCCGGCAAAGUCGGUUUGGGAUAUCCCGGAAACUCCGCAGAGGCAAUAG